AUGGUGCCAUGGAAUGGUUCUGAUUUGUCGGCUGGUUCUCACAAGGAACGUCGAGGAACGGUUACCAUUGGUUCCACGACACUCGGUGAGAAAUGGGAUCCUUUGAAGCCCCACAAUGUGCGGGCCCCAGUAACGCAAGCGAAUCUGAUCACCGGACCCGAGCCUCCUUCGCUCUGGACUUCCCAUCGGCUCCGAAACACCCCCAAGGCACUGGCAGCCCAUCGUCUUUCAUCGCCACCAACAGCCACCCCAGCCACCAACCACCAACCAUCGAAGGUCGAAGUUGCCCGACAUCUCGCAUACAACAACUUGCCUGGGGCCCGUGAAGUCGAUCAAGCUUCAAUCAGCCAGGAGCCCACUAUGGCUAGUACACAUCGGGAGUCCUGCGUUCCAAUUUUCAAACUCCAAGCUCGUCAAUAUGUCAAUGCAUCAUGCAUGACGCACACGGGCACUAAUUCGCCCAAGUUCCAGGCAAAAAUGGAAAGAGACGUGCAAUUUUGCAUCGUUGGGCGGGAUGUGGACGAGCGAGGAAAUGGACUUGGACGGAUGUCGUGGGAGGACGAUGACCUGCAAACCAUCAAAGCCACGAGACCAGAACAUCGAUCACCGCACAAUCAACCACCGCCCACUCAACUACCAUCACAUAUCGUGGUCAUGAUCAACAGGUCCAAAUUACAGGAACAACAACAAACAUGCAAUGCAAGAAAGGGAGUGGAAAAUGAAAAUAAACGUGAAAAAGAAACAAAGUAG